AUGGGUAAACUCAAGGCCGCUCUCGCAAACCAACAAUUCGGUGCCGCCAAGGCUGCUGCCAAAAAGCGUGCUUCAGCUGCUGAAGAAGCCAAGAAGCAGAGCAUCAAGGCGAGCGUCGAUGGUGUGAAGAAGGGCAAGAAGCGGGCCAAGGCCAAGGCUGGACCUUCCGCUGGGCCCGUCAAUGGGUCUGAGGGCGUUCUCGAGGGCAAAGGGAAGGGAAGGGAGAAGCCCCCGACUAUACCGAUUGAUCCUCUAGACACGGUGCUACUUUUGGGCGAAGCAAACUUUUCAUACACUCUCGCGCUUCUCGCCCCGCCUCACAACCUCCCUCCGCACCAGAUUCUGGCAACAGUGUAUGAUAGUGAAGCCGUCACGUUGGAAAAGUACCCCGAUGCGGCUGAGAAUGUAAAGACCUUGAGAGAGAAGGGUGUGAGGGUCGAAUUCGGAGUGGACGCCGGGGCGUUGGAGAAGUGUAAAGCUGUCGGGAAGGGGAGGAGAUGGAGUAGGGUUGUGUUCAACUUUCCUCAUGUCGGUGCUGGCAUAAAAGACCAAGACCGUAACGUCUUGACAAACCAACACAUGCUGCUUCGCUUCUUCCGUUCGGUCGAGCCUCUCCUCACGGACGGUCCUACACAUAUGCCUCUCCCCCAAAGAUCCAACAAGAAAGGGAAGAAACAAGCGCCCAAGGCAAAGAGAGCGGACUCUGAGGACCCAGAGUCUGAACUCUCUGGCGUCUCGGAUGUCGAAGACCUCGGCUUCGAGGACGAUUCUCUCUCCCUCCCCUCAGCACCUCAGGCUAGGGAAUUCACCCCUCCGACACGCGCGGGUUCGGUCCUUAUCACUCUCCUCACCUGUCUUCCUUACACGCUCUGGUGUCUUCCCCAACUGGCUGCCCGUCCGCCUAGUGUAUGUCCCGGCACGAAUCUUCCUCAGCCUCGGUACACCCUGCUGAGGUCGUUCGAGUUUAAGCCGGCGGCUUAUCAGGGGUAUGCGCACAGACGAACGAUCGGGUGGAAGGAAGGGCUGAGUAAGGGAGAGAACGAGGAGAUCAUGGGGAGGAAGGGGGUGCCCAGGACGUAUGAGUUUGUGAGAUCGGUAAAGGAUGAGUAG